GGCGCGGCGCGAGAGCUGGACGCGGUGCGCGCUUUCAUCUUUCCCCCGUGGACUGUAAAAGGAGGGAAAACGGUCUCUUUUUAAUCUCAACGCUGUGUGUGUGUGUGUUUUUUUUUAUCUUUUCACCUGCAACUUAAAAUAAUUAACACUUCGGAGUGUGUGAGGAGGGCUUCGCCCGUCAUCCCGGGACUGGAGGAGUGAAACCUCACCGAGAGCUGCUCGUGCCACGGAAUAAUUGGGCACCCCUCUGUCCUCUUUUACGCGUGAAAGGGCUCAGUGAAAGACUGGAGAGUGGACCCUGACGGACUGGUGAAGUUGUGCUUCUCAAGGGGAGAAAAGUGUCCCCCCUCUUCUAUGCGUCGCCUCCCCGUGUGGACUCAUGGACUGAGCACGGCGGACCAGCCUUCUUCUGUUUCCCCUCAAUAUUAGUCGAUAUCCCAAAGCGAAAUGCUGCCCCGUAUCAUUUUCAUCGGCUUGUUCCUCUCGGCGGCCAGAUCCCAAGAUAUCCCCCCCUCAGAGGCAUCAUCCUCCAUUAGCGAGUCCUGUGACUCCUUGUGCUCCUGCGAGAGGAAAGAUGGCAUCCUUCAUCUUAACUGCGAGCAGAGAAACAUCAGCAAAAUCUCCCAAAUCAAAGUCCCGUCAGGUGUGCCCUUCCACCUGAACCUUUACAAAAAUGACUUGGUGGAACUCCGCGCCGAGGAAAUGGAAGGGCUUAAGAAUGCCCUUUCGCUGCACAUCGGGGGUAAUAGCAUACAAGAGCUGGAGCCGGGGGUCUUCAGCUCCAUGAGCUCGCUGAAAAAACUCCACAUAAAUAGCAAUUUCCUCGUCACUCUGAAAGAGGACACUUUUCAAGGCCUGGUGAACUUGGAGUUUCUCCAAGCUGACACUAAUUUCAUUCGGGUCAUCGAGCCUGGGGCCUUCAACAAACUGAUCCGCCUCAAGGUCCUAAUCCUCAACGACAAUUCCAUAGAGUUUUUACCCAGCAACAUUUUCCGCUUCGUGCCCCUAACCCACCUGGACCUACGUGGCAACAAGCUCCAAACGCUGCCCUAUGUGGGGUUUUUGGAGCACAUCGGACGGAUUAUGGAACUUCUCUUGGAGGACAACGACUGGGUCUGUGACUGUGAUAUUCUGCAUUUAAAAAUCUGGAUGGAGAACAUGAGGGCCCAGUCGGCUCUCGGGGAUGUUGUCUGCACUACCCCGCAUCAUCUUAAGGGAACUAUUCUAGCGAAAGUGAAGCGGGACGUUCUUUGCCCGUCCCACGCAGAUAUAAACCUGGAGGAGCCGUCUAAGUCGCUGGAUAUGGUCGUCACCCCCUCAUCCAAAGUGGCUCAGAUUCCCAAGCUGAACGCCAAAGACGACGCAAAGGUACCGACACCGUCUCACGUUCCUGGCAGUCCUUGUGUGGAGCACUGCUCCUGUCACAAUCACCCUGUGGCUGGGUUUUUGAUGCAUUGUCAGGACAGGGGAAUUCAAAAGGUGUCCGAUAUCGGAAUACUACAACAGAGCCCGACUAAGCUGGUCAUGACAGGGAAUAUGAUUCAGAAACUCUUGAAGUAUGACUUUGUCACCUAUGACAGUUUGGAAUUGCUCAACCUUGCAAACAACAGAAUAGAUUACAUUGAUAAUGAAACUUUUCUCAGCUUGAGCAGUUUAAAAAAGCUGUACUUGAAUGGCAACAGAAUAGAAAAACUGUUCUCCACGAUGUUUGUGGGGCUGCACAACCUUGAGUAUCUGUAUCUGGAAUACAAUCUUAUCAAAGAGAUUGCUCCCGGCACUUUUAAUCCCCUGCCAAACCUAAAGCUGUUGUCAUUAAAUAACAACCUGCUCAGCUCUCUCCCAGCCCAGAUCUUUCGCAACGUGCCCCUCACCAAAUUAAACCUGAGGAAGAAUCUACUUAUGCAUCUGCCGGUGAGCAACGUGCUUGAUCAACUUGACUCGCUGGAGCAGAUUUAUUUAGAGGACAACCCUUGGGAUUGCAGCUGUGACUUGCUCAGCCUCAAACAAUGGGUGGAGAAACUUAGAAAGGACACAGUGGUGGGAUCUAUUUUGUGCCACACCCCAAGUAAAGUGGUCCAGGCUGAGCUGAGGAGCCUGCGCCAUGAAGUGCUGUGUCCCGGGUUAGGGACCUAUUACCCCAUGUCUCCAGACGGAGAGGAGAGCGUCACAGCCACACUAGGGCCUGAAAGCAUCCACAAAGGCAUAUUCAGCUCGCUUACGGACACCGUGCCCCUCUCUGUGCUCAUCCUAAGCCUUCUUAUGUUCGUCCUAAUGAUUAUAUUCUGCUCAGCCGGAUUGGUGGUAUUUGUGGUGCACCGGCGUCGGCGCAGGGCGAAGAAAAAAGCAGCAGAAGAGCAGCCGCGUGAGAACACCAGCAGCAGCCCUAUCCACUUACACUACAGCAUGUACGGGCAGAAAACCACACACCACACUCUGACACAAAGGACUGGAUCCGCCACGCUCUACGAGGAGAGAUCCCACAGCCCCAUCGUGCAAAUCUGCCGCAACCCCACCUACUGCUCCCAGCACAAGGAGCACGACGCUGAGCUGGAUUACAACGUUGACGACCCCGGCACCAAGCACCAGUUCUGCCGGAGCAUCAUGGAGAAGGAGAACACUUCCCCUCUCACCGGCAAUCCCGCGUCCAAGUUCAGACCCGGAGAGUGCCCGGCGGAGUUCGUCACCCUGGGGAAUCCCAAUUCCCUGUACAGGAACAUUCUAGAGAGGGAGAAGGAGCUGCAGCAGCUCGGAAUAACAGAGUACCUUCGGAAGAAUAUGCCUCAGCUUCAGUCUGCCGUAGACAUGCAGGUCCCGGGGCACCAGGAGGAGUUAAAGCUAAUGGAGACAAUUAUGUACUCAAGACCACGCAAGGUCAUGCUUGAGCAAACUAAGAAUGAAUACUUUGAACUCAAGGCCAACUUGCAUACUGAGCCAGAUUACUUAGAGGUUCUGGAGCAUCAAACUGCAUUUAACUGAGCGUGUGCAGAAAGAAGGACUAUAUAUUACACUCUGAACCAAGUGCCUUGUCCAGUUUGCCCUUUUGUUCUUUCCACAGUGUGAAAUAUGAUAUAAUGGGCACACCACUUUUGAGUUGAACUGUAGCACAGAAUGUAACUGGUUUAUUCUUUGUUACCUUUAUCUGUUGACAGCCAUGUUAUGUAGCUGCUGAAAGGUGUUGUGUUUCCGGCCAAAUGUCACUACCGCAGUCUGCUGAGCAGACCUGGAUUGAAACCAACUUUUAGAAAUUCGAGCUCGAUCGUCUUAUUAUGAUUGAUGAAGCAUCUAUGGCGCCGUGCCUACGACUAAAUUGAUCCGUGCAGCUCCCCCCCACCUCCCCCAUGUGAAAUCCUGAUAGGAUAAAGCAGAUGUUUGGAAAGAAGUGGGUGAAUUUCAAUCACCACUUGACCCAGAAUUGCUGUUUAAUCAGUCUAUCCUUACUCCCGGUAUGACCUGAUUACGCCCUCUGUCAACAGGAGCCAGCUGGAAUGCUGUACCCAUAAUGCUCAUUGUGCCGUAGAGUCAGCAAAAUGCCAACUAUGUAUUGGAAACAGUGAUAGGAGCGUGGUGCCACUUGUCUCCUGUCUUAAAUUCAAGACGCUGCACAGCUGCAGUCAAAGGAUCUUUAUUUAUUUUUCUACAAACUCAAUCAGUACAUACAGCACUUAAAGAACAGUAUAUUAUACACAUCUUUAAUCUUGUAUAAAUGCAUUGCACUAAUCAGAUGCCAUAAGGUGGUGCAUGACAAUCAACAGAGUCCUGCUGAAUUCUUUUAUUUUUAUCCGUUUAUUUCUGCCAGAAAAUGAGCCACAAAUGUGUGAUCCCUCAGUGUGUGUUUGUGAGCGUGCUUGUAUGUGAGAUUGUGUUUUCAUGUAACUAAUUUAUGUCUGAAAAUAUUCAAGCUACAUUCAAGAACAUAGCUCCUUCCUCAUGCUUGAAUGGGCUCUCAUAAAAGCGGGGCGUACGCUCAGAGCACAUGACGGCGAGCGACGUGGGCUCCGGACGACCAACUAUCCUGGACUUGUUGGUAUC